AUGUGUCUUAAAACAAAGUUAGGAACUAGGCAUGUCCAAGUGUUAUUUUUAUUUUUAGCACUAGCGAUAUGUUUUUCAAUGAGAGUCAACAUGAGUAUGGCUAUUGUAGCUAUGGUAGAAGUACGGUCAUUUGAUUGGAAUAUGCAAAUUCAGAGCUACGUCUUAACUUCUUUCCUCUGGGGAUACAUAGUACUACAGAUCCCUAGUGGCGCACUCGAAGCUAAAUAUGGGGCCAAACUGCUACUUAUUUUAUGUAUAGUUGUAAACUCAGCAGUCUCACUAACGAUACCCGCCAUGGCAUAUAAGGCAAGGUGGACAGGACUCUGUUUCUGCCGUGUUAUACAAGGUCUCGCUCAAGGCUGCUUAUUUCCCUCAACACACAGUCUAGUCAGCAGGUGGAUCCCUAUCCAUGAAAUGGGAUUACUAGGCUCUGUGGUAUACGGUGGAACGUUUCUGGGCACAAGCAUACAGUUAUUGGUAUCUGGUUUUAUUAUACAACAUUGGGGUUGGCCCACAAUUUUUUACGUCAACGGCACCUGUGGGACUAUUUGGUUCGCAUUCUAUAUGUAUUUUGGAUCAGACAGUCCUCAGAAAUCUAAUCUUAUAAGUAUUGAAGAAAAACAUUACAUUCUAUCGUCAAUGCAAGUGUUUGAGGAGUCAAAGCUAAAGAAUACUCCUUGGAAGCAGAUAUUGUUAAGUUGUCCUUUCUACGCGCUACUGACGUCACACUGCGGUCAUAACUGGGGGUUCUGGACGCUCAUCACAGAGUUGCCGACGUACAUGAAUGAUGUUUUAGGCGUACAUAUUUCACAGAAUGGUCUUUUACUAGCGAUCCCCUAUAUGACGCUAUAUGUCUUGAGUUUUCCAUUCGGAUUUCUGACGGACCUUGCGAUGAAACACAAAUGGUGCAGCAUCACCACGUGUAGAAAGACUUGCAAUUCUAUUGGUGAGUUUGGUCCUGCAAUAAUGCUUAUAGUAUUAUGUCAUUUGCCCCCUGGUCAUGUCACAUUGACUGUAGCCAUGCUGUCAGGCGUGGUUGGACUCAGCGCUGGACAUCUGACCGGUAUAUGGCUGACACACAUCGAUAUGUCGCCUAAUUUUGCCGGCAGUGUGAUGGGAAUCACCAACUUCUUCGCCAACAUCACGGGCAUAGUCGCACCACUAGUAGCAGGGGUUAUAAUCACAGAUGAGACAGAUCCAAGACAGUGGCACACUGUGUUCUAUAUAUCAUCGGCUAUAUACUUCGUGACCAACUUGGUGUAUAUCAUAUUCGGAAGCAGUGAGGUGCAACCCUGGAACGACCCUGACUACAUGGCCACCCCGACAAGCCCACAAAGUAACUAA